UUCACGCGUUUCCGUUUUGUUACCGGCCGGUCUAUUGGACACGGCCAGCUAAAAUUAGUCAGUUUUCCGAAGAUACUCGUUGAGAAAAUCGCCAUUGGGAGACCCGUUAGCUUUUAAAUCUGAAAUUAUCGGUAGAAUAGAAGGUCAUCAACGUCCUUUUAUUAUGUCUUAUGCAAAAAAUAACGGUAACUCCUUCAGAGGACGUAACGGCAAUUCGUUUCGAUGCGGCGGUGAUGGAAAUAGUUACUCCAACGGCGGUAACAGUAGUAGCAACAAUAAUAAGUUUCGUAAUAAUAAUCAAGGCGGAUCGCGAUUUUCAAAAUCAUCAAGUUUUCAAGGCAAUCGUCUCCGUAAACCCGAAUGGGACAUGAAAGAUUUACGUCCGUUUAAGAAAAACUUUUACGUAGCUCACGCAAAUGUCGUUAAUCGGUCCUCUUAUGAAGUAGAACAAUACAGACAAUCGAAACAGAUCACUGUUGAAGGGGAUGCUCCGAAUCCUAUUCAAAAUUUUGAAGAAGGAAAUUUUCCUGAUUAUGUUAUGGGUAGUAUUGAAAAGCAGGGUUAUGAUUCUCCAACAGCAAUUCAAGCCCAAGGUUGGCCGAUUGCUAUGAGUGGCAGAAACAUGGUUGGAAUAGCUCAAACCGGGUCAGGAAAAACAUUAGCUUAUAUUUUACCAGCAAUCGUUCACAUUAACAACCAACCACAAGUUGAAAGAGGCGAAGGUCCAAUUGUAUUGGUUUUAGCCCCAACCAGAGAACUUGCGCAACAAAUUCAACAAGUCGCAAACGUGUUUGGGUCAUCUUCGUACAUCAGGAACACCUGCGUUUUUGGUGGUGCCCCGAAAGGGCCGCAAGCGAGAGAUCUCGAGCGCGGUGUUGAGAUUGUUAUCGCAACGCCAGGACGUUUGAUUGAUUUCCUCGAACGCGGAACGACCAAUUUAAGGCGGUGUACAUAUCUGGUUUUAGAUGAAGCUGAUCGUAUGCUCGAUAUGGGUUUUGAACCCCAAAUUCGUAAGAUUAUUGAACAAAUACGACCUGAUAGACAAACGUUGAUGUGGUCAGCUACGUGGCCAAAAGAAGUUAGAAAAUUAUCUUCUGAUUUUUUGGAUGAAUAUGUUAUGAUUAAUAUUGGAUCUUUACAAUUAUCUGCCAAUCAUAAUAUUUUACAAAUUGUUGAUGUUUGUCAAGAACAUGAAAAAGAAAUGAAAUUAAAUAAUCUCCUCCAAGAAAUUAAUGAAAAUGGCGAAUAUGGAGCAAAAACGAUUAUUUUUGUUGAAACUAAGAAGAAAGUCGAAGAUAUUACGCGGAAUAUACGAAGAUACAAGUGGCCCGCUGUUUGUAUGCAUGGCGAUAAAAGCCAACAAGAGCGGGACUAUGUACUUCGUGAAUUCCGUAAUGGAAGGUCAAAUAUUUUGGUGGCUACAGAUGUAGCUGCUAGAGGAUUAGAUGUUGAAGGAAUUAAAUAUGUGAUCAACUUUGAUUAUCCAAAUUCGUCAGAGGAUUAUAUCCAUAGGAUAGGAAGAACGGGACGUUCAGAUACAACAGGGACUUCUUAUGCGUUUUUCACACCCAAUAAUUAUAAACAAGCUAGGGAUUUAGUGUCAGUUUUACAAGAAGCCAAUCAGAUGAUAAAUCCGAAAUUAACAGAGAUAGCAAAUAGAUUUUCUGGUAGUUUUGGUGGAAAAAGUCGAUGGGGUUACAACGCACGAGGACGUGAAAAUACAGGUCCAAGAAGUCACCAUCGUUUUGGAAACGGCAACGGUUUGCAAAAUCGAUUUAGGACGAACGGCUACGCGAACGGUAAUAAUGAUUCGUACAACUACAAUUAGAAGAUUUUAAAGUAAUUUUUAAUUCUGGUAUAAAAAAAAUGUUUUUCUUUUUAUAGUACUAUUGAGCGUAGGUUAUUAGGGCGAGCGGAGACGUUUUAAUACUCGAAGACUUAUUGCGAUCUCACUCCUUUCGGUAUUAUUUUUUUUUUUUUAACUCGCAUCAUUCCAACGACGGAAAAUGAAUCUCUUGGAAAUAUAAAAUCGAAGAUGGUUUUUCGAAAUGGAAAUAUUUCUACGUCGACGGCCGGGAGAUGUAGAAGUAAUUUUAUUUCGGAUUUGUUGUUUUUAAGAGGAUUUAUAGUCUGAUUGGAACGAAACGUUUUGUACACUGCGUAAUCGACUGAUGAAUCAGAAAUCUAACGACGCGCGGUUUAUGUAAGCGAAAAUUGUACCGGAUGUUAGGUCUUUUUCGUGUCUGUGAUUAGAGUAGAUGAUCGAACCCCCUUUUUUGCCUCCCCCGAAUGUUUUUUUUUUUUUUGAAGAUUUUGCACACAGGUAUUUAAUUUAUAAUUAUGACUGCGGUUGUUUUUAUUAUUUAUUUUUUUAUUUAUGGAUAACUCUACGUGGAGUUUUUGAAUAUUUCGACGUUAAAAUAAUGGACGUCUUGGAGUAAAUUAAAAGUUUAGUUUGAAUUUUAUAAACUGUGUUGUUUAUUAUUAUUAGUUUCUUUUUGUGACAGUAGUAAAAUUUCUUUUUUCAGUCGACAAAUGUUUGAUUCUUAUGUAUUUAUGUACCAAGAUUGUGUUGACUAAAAUUAUAAUAAAUAUUUAAUGUCUGA